UCAUGCUGCUGCCAGGUCCAGAGUCUCUCAUGGGUCCCUGUACGGCCUCCCAUUGCUGCUGUCUCCAUCGCCACACUCUGCCAUGUGCCACUUUCAGGUCUCCUCACACACUGCUGGUGUGUUGAAUUUUUUGACAUAGGGUGCUGGCAGAUUACGGGCCUCCUAUAGCUGCUGCCAGGCCCCUAAUCUGCCAUGGGCCCCCCUAUACCGCCUCCUCAUGCUGCUGCCAGGUCCACAGUCUCUCAUGGGUCCCUGUACGGCCUCCCAUUGCUGCUGUCUCCAUCGCCACACUCUGCUGCCAUGUGCCACUUUCAGGUCUCCUCACACUGCUGGUGUGUUCAAAUUUUUUGAC